GAAUUGUUGUAGUUGAUAUUGGACGUUAGACGUUGUCACUCGGCGCGGGUGUAGGUGUCUCAGUUUAGAGUGGCCGAGUGUGGUUGUGUGCGCGAGCGUGAGUGAGUUUGAGAAUGAACUCGAUUGACGCGCAGCUCCAACACGCCGCCUCUCCUACCGUCAGUCCGCUCCAACCGCUGUCCAAAAGUGCGCACGACGCCCCCGAAAUGGCUGUGUACUGCGAUAACUUCAGCGUCUACCACCAACAAAGUUUACCUGGCGGGCAGCGACCGUCUGCUAGCUACGGACUAGGAGAAUACACGGCGUCGCCUAACCCUUACCUGUGGCUCAACGGCCCCGGCGUCAACUCCUCACCAUCCUACCUGCAUCACGGAAACAACCCAUCGUCUUUCAUGCCCCCUUCGUACGGUGCCCAACGGCAGUUCCUGUCCAACUCUCCCGGUUUCGCUGGCCCGGACCUCGGAUGGCUUUCCAUUGCCAGUCAGGAGGAGUUACUGAAGCUCGUGCGCCCGCCAUACUCCUACUCUGCGCUAAUUGCCAUGGCGAUUCAGAACGCUCAUGAAAAGAAGCUCACGCUCAGUCAGAUAUAUCAAUAUGUGGCGGAUAACUUCCCUUUCUACAAGAAGAGCAAAGCCGGCUGGCAAAACUCCAUCCGGCACAACCUGUCCCUAAAUGACUGCUUUAAGAAGGUGCCGAGAGACGAGGACGAUCCUGGUAAAGGAAACUACUGGACCUUGGAUCCAAACUGUGAGAAGAUGUUUGACAACGGAAACUUCCGCAGAAAACGGAAACGCAGGUCUGACACAAGCGCAGGAGCAACCGGGAACAGUAAAGGCGAGGAUGGGCGACCUCUUCCUGGAAUCAAGAGCUCCGAAAGCCCGAACCUUGUCGGACCAUCAUCCCCGGACAUGGAACCGGUCAAUGAGCCUCAUAAGAGCUCAUCUCCUCCAAGUCUCGGUGCAGCUCCGUGCUUCAACAACUUCUUCAACAGUAUGUCAAGCCUUGCAACGAUGCCUCCCGGUAGACAGGGCUCUCUCGGGUUGGUGAACGAGAUCUCGAGUCGGCACAUCACUGCGCUGAGCCCCUAUCACGCCAGCGCGGCUCCUGAAACUGGAACGAGCACGGAGCAUUCCGACAAUGCACACGUGAACCGCGGAGUGUACUACAACUCUUUCCCAAGCACUGGCGGUGGUGGAGGACAAAGCACACAGUUUAACGGGCACUUUUAUAACAGCUUCAGUGUCAACAGUCUCAUAUACCCCCGCGAUGGCACGGAGCUAUAAGAAACUUGCGUCCUGGACUAUCACACGCAGGUAGAGGUCUCCUUUGCGGGGGACAAAAUGUUGUCCUGGACAUGCACUGAACUCUCAAAUGGCUCACAUUUCACACCAAAGGUUCCAAUCACCAUAAGCGUCAGACAAUCAUUAUUGUGUGGAAGAAAAUGAUGGACGAGCAAUGACAAAUCCAUAUGCACGACAGCUUAUAUGAUGCAGACAAACACCCAUGUAUCCAUGGUCGUGUUAGAAUCCGUGUCCCUCUCGUGUUUUGGGGGAGAGCAGAGGCAGUCAAAUCUGCUCUCAUCAGAUCACUUUAAAUCAAUGUUGUCAUAUCAACACAUGGGCGGAAGCCGCGUAAAAUCAAAUCCGCUAUGGGUUUUGUUUACUAUGCCUCGAAAGCCGUGAGUGAAAAGCUGUCCAAAAAGUUUGUUUCACAUUUUUUUCAUGUCUUACAGAACUUUACAUUUGAAAGUAUUUUUGUCACUCGUUCAAAUUCGUGGGAUGACAUUCAUUUUAAUUACAUGGACUGAAAUAUCACCAUACCGCUGUUGCCUGGAUCUCUAAGUAAAAGGAUUUACUUGUACUAUUUUGUAAAUUAUAAACAGCCGUCUCUAAUAUUUAUAUUAAAUUAUGUAUAGAAUCUUUUACAGACUUUCUUAGGGACCUAUAUUUUCUACUUGGAUAACUUUUUGUA